GGUCAGGGUGUCGGAAGCGUCCACGGUCAGACACGGAGGGAGGGACGCUCGGCGGAAAUCUGACACGCUAGCUCUUCAGCAGCGACGUAUCGGCGGAGGGUGGUGACCGAAACUAAUCAAAACAGCAGUCCACCACCUGGACCAUCAAUCCGGGAUUUACGAGCAAAGGCGAUCAAUCACCGGACUGCCGUUAACCUUCGAAAGUCAGCGGGGUUUUUUUUUUUUUUUUUUGACUUCUUACCGGUGACGACAUGGCUGAAUGUAACGUUAGCAUCGACCAGAAAAAACUACCUGGAGUGAAAGAGGUCUGCAAAGAUUUUGCUGUGCUGGAAGACCACUCCCUGGCCUACAACCUCCAAGAACAAGAAAUCGAAAGUCACUUGGCUUCCAACGUCCAUAAGAGCCGCCUGGUGCAGAAGGACCUGCAGGUGGCCAAGAAGCUGCAGGAGGAGGAGGACGAGAUAGCCAAGAUUCAGAACCAGAAACAGAACAGUGACAUCGAGCGACAGGACGUGGAGAUUGCACAUGAGAUUCAGGAAGAACUGGUCCGACAGGCGGAGCAGCAGCGACAGCAGGAAGAGAAGGAUGCAGCCAUCGCUCGAAAGCUGCAUGAGAAGGAGAUGAUGAAAGAGGAAAGGAGGAGACAGAAACAGAUGGAAGCAAAAUAUGAGGAGGAUUACUUUGAGGAUCACGGAGAGCCAAGAUCUGCCGAUGUGGACAAACGAACCCGUCAGACGUCUAGAUCUCCAGACCUACAUGAUUCAUACUCUCCUUCGCGCUCAAACAGAAAACACUCUCCAGAUUAUUAUUCUGCUGAGGCUAAAAGGAGCCGGCACCCAAAGCAAGACUCUGCAGCACUUCGUGGUCACUCCAGAUACCCAGAGCACUACGUGGAGGCAGAGCGAGGCCGUAGCAAGCACGCAGACCCGUGUCCAGAGCACCUACUGCCCUCUAGAGGCAAGCAUGGGGACAGCUACCCAGAGUUUGAGCCUUCAUACACUGGCAGACCCAGGGAGCAGGGGCAAAUGGAAGAUGGAGUGAUGAGAAGGAAGGAAAAACCAGCCAGACCGCCGCCUCCACAUACUACUGUAGAAAGAGACAAGGACAGGGAGAAAGACAGGCAAAGAUAUGAUAGGGACAGGGACUAUAAAACGGAGAGACACAUAGAGGAGUACACAAGAGGAAGGGAGCAGGAUGCCAGGCAGAGAAGAGAACGGGAAAAAUCCAGAGAUAGAAUACCAAGCGAUGACGGACCGAGAGACGGAGACAGACACAGACAAAAGGACAGACAACAAACCAGGAGCAAAGACCGAGCACUUGAUCUGGACUUUUUGGAGCCAGAAUACAUCAGGGACAGGCCAAGAGAUAAGAGGGGCUCCUGGGAGGAGGAAGAGGAUGAUGGUGGGAGGAAGGCCAGGAGCCGGCAGCUCAUCCACUCCAGCCCAGUAGAAGUGUUUGACGUGUUAACAAACAGCGAGGCUCGAGGAGGAACCAGGGAGAUCCGGGACCUCUUGCAGGUUGAGUCUCCUGGAACAGAGCGCAGUCACAGCCAGCCCAGCAGAGAGACAGGCCAUGUUGACAAAGGAAGUGGCUCAGUUAUCCCAGAAACCGAGUAUGGAUUGACUGAAGCCACAAAGGGGUUGACGAACCUUGACCUUCGGGAGCAAGAGCUGAAGGACAUGGAGGUCGCCAGAAGACUUCAGGAGGAGGAACUCAAGCGAAUGAGCAAUAUGAAGGAGCGUGCAGCUCAGGUGGCAAAAGACGAGGAAAUUGCUCGAUCCUUGAUGGAAAAGGAGAAGAAGGAGUACAGAAAGAACCGAGAACGUGAGAAAGAGAAGGAACGAGAGAGGAUGGCCAUGGAGAAGAUGGCCGUGGAGAGGAAACGACCAGAGGGAAACUACAAGCCAAGUUCGGAGGAAGCUGCGUGGCCCAGAUCGAGAGAUGAGUAUGAAUAUCACAGACAGAGAAACAACAACAGACCUGUCCGGCCUCCUCAGCCUCGCACUCCUGAUUAUGAGAAUGUUAGCUCGGUCUACGUCUACUCGGACCACCAUGCUGCCUCUCGCCCUCCACAAAGACCUGAAGCAACUUAUAGAGGUGCCUAUCAGAAGCGGUGACUCGAGAUCUGUACCUUAAAAUGACUGUACCUUAUCCAAACAUGCUGUCAACCAUCCAUCUUUUUCUUUGUGUAGUCUUUUCCUUUUUUAAAAUAUUUAUCUUUUUUGACCAUUCACCAAAAACGUUGAUACAAUCUUUGUGUUUAGACUUGGGAUUUUUUUGUAUUCUUUUUUUUUUUUUUUUUUUUUGGAGCAGUGUUGGAACAACAUUUUUAUUGUAUAUUUUUUUUUGUAUUUUCUAUUUGUUAAUAAUGACGUUAGCACUAGCCAAAGGAGCAGUUUAGCCACAAAAAUCUCCCAUGAUUCUGAGGUGUUUAAAGGGCCUGGCUCUUUACUUGCUCUGGUCAUUGCGUGCUGACGUUUGUUUUACUCUGGAUUGUGCCAUCAUCGUCAUCAUCAUAAUCAUCAUCAUCAAGGCUUUAUGCCUCUUCUGGGUGGACGUACUGGAGCCAUGUAGUUUCUUCAUGUUGGACAUGUCAGUCUGCUCCAGCUGCUACAGUGUCUUGUAUAUCAACAUGGCAGCUGCUUUUUACAUAUGUGCUGUUCAAUAGACUGACUCUCUCUUAUGUGCCACUCAGCCCGUGACUUUUAGGGGGUUUGUUCUCUUGCUCUUAUUUUAGAAGAAUUAAAACAGGCCUUUAACACGGUGCUGUUAGCUCUGGCUUUGUUUCUGUUUUAUUUUGUUACAGCGAGCUCAGCAACAAUCCAUUAAACGGCUUCUGGCCGUUCUUUCCUGCUUUUCAGAGGCAUUGUUUGUCCUCUGUACCUUCAAACUGAACGUAGUAUGACUGUAAAUGAAUCACUGUUUCUCUGUGCAUGCUUACUGAGACUGUACAUGCAUUUCAGCUGUAUAUUAAAUAAUCCGGCUCUUACUUAAUGAUCAGAAAGGGCUAAAGCCACAAAAAGCCAAUAAUGUUCUCUGUGAAUAAACAAAAUAUCUACUUGUUCAUAUCCUCUGUAUAAAAGGACUUUUCUGCCACUUUUUCAUAUCUCCAAUCUGAAACUGAGAUGCAUGUACGUUGCUUGUCUGUCGAAGCUGAAAUUGUGCUUACUGCACAGAGGUGGUAUGUUUGGUUUUCUUUUUAAUCCUGAUGUGCUGUCAGUAUGUGAAAUGAUUGUGUAAAAUUCUAGAUUACUUUUGAUUUUGUGCUGUACCAGUUAUAUAUGUUCACAAAGGGACCUUUCUAUUUAUUUUUAUACAAAAUGUUGACUUUCCUGCCAUUGUUUUCUCAUGCUCAAGCUUUUUCUGACGUCACUUCCAGGUUUUUGUCUUUAAUUCAAAGGCAGACAUCCCUUCCUGUACGGAAUCAAGAUAACAGACAAUUACACAGCACAAGUUCAUCUUAAUGAAGAGAAGUCCUGCUGAAAGAUAGAUUUAUUAUUUUCUGUUUUGUUUUUUUUAGUAAAGGAACAGAAAAUGAAGAGCACAUUUAUUCUUUUAAGUUUAGGAAAAUUAAUAUAAUGGCAAUUAUUUUUUUUGAAUACUCAGUGCUGCUUCUGAACUCCCAUGUUGUCAUAAAUGUUGCUGAAAUAGAAAACUAGCUUCCAAACCGAGUUUUCCUGCUGCAGGCAGAAAUGUGGCAGUUUAUUAAAACCCAAGUAUGAGCCGUUUGCGUUGCUGGAGACAAACAUGAAGAUGUUGAAUUGAACUUUGUGCUAACUGUUGACUGAAUGAGAUGUGUGCCAUAUGUUAUUACUUUUCAGGGACUUAAAAUGGUUGAGAAAUUGUAAAGCUGUAGCAGAUCCAUUUCCUUUAUAAAUGGGGCUUCUAAUGUAUUAUUUGAAGAGAGCGCCACCUUGUGGGCGCCUCAGUGAUUGGGGAUUAAAAAGUGAUUUAACUGAUCA